AAACGCCAAUAAACACCAACGAACAAGAAGGAAGUGCAAGCGUCGAGUUGUUGGAUUAGCUGCUAGAAACUAUUUUUUAAAGAAAGUCUGCAAAAGGAAUAUUUUCUCAAUUAGAAAACCUUCCUUAGAAUCAAUUAACUGCUGUGCCUCUUCAAAGGGAAUACAAUGGAGGGCCCCCUGCCUCUGUCCUCGCUGAGGCUCCUGGUGCCACCACUGCGGAUGAUGACGGCUGUGAUGUGGAAGGUGGUUUGUCUGAGGGACAUAGUGCAUUAUGGGAAAGUGGAGGAGUUUGUGUCCUUGGUGACUGAAGCCAUCCCUGACAUCUUUACAGAGAGACAGAUGAGACUGCUCACUCUGGGCUUAAGAUCAAAGAUGAUGUUACAAAUAUUAAGUUCUGAAAAGCCAGAGGAUCUCAGAGAUGUUGAAACACGUUUGAACAGCCUGAUGCAAACUACCUCAAAACUGGCUCAUCCAGGAAAUGAAGCGAUGGAAUCAAACUUUGUCAGGCUUAUUCAGAGACUCCUGGACGACCCAAAAGGGAGAGAGCACUUCCGCAAGAAUGUAUUUCCGGCGGAGUAUGGUUCUGACUUUGACACAGCUCUGGAGACUGUGUUUUGUGAGUUCUUCACCAGACUGGAUAAGUUGGUGCUUAUACCAGACUUUGAGCAGACAGCAAUGUGGAUUGGUGACACACCCACUGCGCUGGAAGAGUACAUGCAGUGUGUAUCCAAAGCGAAUGACCUCAAAGUACUGCUGAGAAGCAAGGCCCAUCUUAGCAAAAUGAACACAAUGGAUACUAGUGUGCCUUCAUUCUCAGAGCAACGGCUCUUCUCAUCAUUAUCUUUACCUCCUUCCCUGCCAGAGACAAACGCUAAAGACUUAGAAUGUAAUACACAAACAUUUCAAAAGCAACAAGAAUCUGAGGCUAUUUCUCUUCAGGACACAUUAGAUAUGGAGAUACAGGAUGUGAUAUGGCAAUCUGAAGAGGACAACAUCACUCUAGAGAGCAGCACUGCAGUACAAACAACAGGAGGGAAAUGCAACGACAGCAUUCUUGAUGCUCCCACUUUGGAGGAAUAUGAUAACGGCUCUUCAGGCAGCUUCCUUUCUCCCUCCAAAUCUACCAAUAGUCCUGUGUUGUCCAGUUCAAUGAUUGGCCCUUCACGGCAGAGAGUUGCACACAAAUGCAGUCAAUGCGGAAAAUGCUACAUUUACCGGUACAAACUCCUGGAGCAUCAGAGGCUGCACACCGGAGAAAACCCUUACAAGUGCUCUCAGUGUGGGAAGUCCUUCAGAAGGAGCUGUGACAUGUCGUCUCACCGGCGGACACAGUGCACGCAAGCUGCUUAUAUUUGCCUCAAAUGUGGGGAUAGCUUUCAAUCACUAAAGGAAAAAUUAAGACACCGAUGUGGUCGCAUUGUCCAAUGGUUUGACUGUUCUCAGUGCGGUAAAAGCUUUAAGAAAAUGCACUUGCUGGAUAAGCAUCAGCUCUCUCACACAAAGAUCCACAACUUCACAUGCAAACAGUGUGGGCAGGUGUACCCAAAUAUGAGUGAGCUGAAGAGCCACCAGAAGACUCAUCCUAAAGAGAUGUCCAACCAGUGCAAUCAGUGUGGGAAAAUAUUCAUCUCUGUCGCCCUUUUGACUGGGCAUGAGCUGCGCCACAAGAAACAGAACCAAAAAAUGUGUGCGCAAUGUGGCAAAGCUUUCAAGAGCAAAUAUGAAGUGUUUCUUCACAUGCGCACUCAUACAGGUGAGAGGCCGUUUCAGUGCACGUACUGCGGCAAAUGUUUCUCCAGAUCGGGUAACCUGAAGGUACACGUAAGGAUCCACACGGGAGAGAAACCAUAUCUUUGCUCUGACUGUGGCAAGGGUUUUGUGUCAGCCGGCGAACUGCAGAUCCACAGACGUGUCCACACAGGGGAAAGGCCAUACAAGUGCACUGUGUGUGGGAAGGGAUUCACCAUGGCGAGCAAAUUGACAUAUCAUAUGCGGGGUCACAGCGGAGAGCGUCCUUACACCUGUACCAUAUGUGGACAAGGAUUUAUUGUUGGCAGAGAUUUAAAAAUACAUACAUUGAAACAUACCGGGUUUAAACCCUACCCUUGUCAAAUGUGUGCAAAGGCUUACACAUGCAUCACUCACCUGAAGAGACACUUGAAAAAAACUCACAAUGUAGUGCAAGACCAGACUGUCUAAUUGAAUAGAGUACCAUAUGCCGCCUUAAGAAAGUGAAUGUGUUUUCAUUCAUCUAACCUGGACUCAUUUUUGUGAUAACUUUAUAAACUUGGUUUUUUCUCUCGCCUUCUCCUGUAAGGACUAUGUUUUGUCUUGGCUGUUUUAUUUACCUGGUUUGUUGGAUCUGUUGCACUGGGUACAAUUACAUUUGUGUUGGCAAUUUCUUUCUGUGAAGCUGUCGAACAUGUGUUUAAAUUGCCUCUAAGAAAACACACAGUAAAACUUGCUAUCAAGUGUA